AUGGAUUUUAAAAAUGGAUCUCUAGUGACUGAGUUUAUUUUACUAGGAUUUUCUGGACGAUGGGAACUUCAAAUUUUCUUCUUUGUGACAUUUUCCUUGAUCUAUAGUGCUACUGUGGUGGGAAACAUUCUCAUUAUGGUCACAGUGACAUGUAGUUCAACCCUUCAUUCUCCCAUGUACUUUUUCCUUGGAAAGUGUCUCUCCACUGCCACAACACCCAAGAUGAUCAUAGAUUUGCUCACUGAACACAAGGCCAUCUCUGUGUGGGGCUGCAUGAUCCAGAUGUUCUUUAUGCACUUAUUUGGGGGUGCUGAGAUGACACUUCUGAUAAUCAUGGCCUUUGACAGGUAUGUAGCCAUAUGUAAACCCCUGUACUACAGGAUAAUCAUGAGCCACAGGCUGCUAAAGGGGUUUGUGACACUUUCAUGGAUAAUUGGUUUUAUACACACCAUGAGCCAGAUAGUUUUAACAGUGAACUUGCCUUUCUGUGGCCACAAUGUCAUAAACAACAUAUUUUGUGAUCUUCCCCUCGUGAUCAAGCUUGCUUGCGUUGAAACAUACACCCUGGAAUUAUUUGUCAUUGCUGACAGCGGGCUGCUCUCUUUUACCUGUUUCAUCCUCUUGCUUGUUUCUUACAUUGUCAUCCUGGUCAGUGUACCAAAAAAAUCUUCAGAUGGGCUCUCCAAGGCUCUGUCCACAUUGUCUGCCCACAUUAUUGUGGUCACUCUGUUCUUUGGACCCUGUAUUUUUAUCUAUGCCUGGCCAUUCAGUAGUUUGGCAAGUAAUAAAACUCUUGCUGUAUUUUAUACGGUUAUCACACCCUUACUCAAUCCAAUUAUUUACACUCUGAGAAAUAAGAAUAUGCAAGCGGCCAUGAGAAAAUUAUGGCUCCAACAUGUUAGCUCUGCACAGAACUUCUAG